UCAACCUUAUCAUGUUCUAUCAAUUAGUUUCAGUUGAUAGUCAUAUGUACGAUUGUUUCUCCACGGCGAAGCAUGAAAGCUCAUCAUCCGAUUGAACUAGCAAAGACGGUGUUGGAGGUGGCCGACGUGGCAUGGACCGCCGUGGAAUGCUGUCACCACUAUCACCGGGACGGCCACAAGGAGGCGCAGUUGCCACCGUCGCUGGAAUCGAACAGAGUAGAUGGGGAUUUAGAGGCCUUGCGAUCUGAAAACCAACGCCUCAGGCAACUGCUUGAACAAAAUCUUAAACUUCUACGGCCUGUUUCACAAUCUCCUAAAUCAUUGCAAGAUUUCCCUUCUGAUCUCUAUGAUAGGCUAACUGCUGCCGUUGAGUCUGGAAACUUCUUGAAACAACUGGAAUUUAUGAACACAAAUUCAGUACCAGAUGAUGCUUGUAAAUUUCCUUUCAAUGAGGAAUCAGCUGAAGUUUUGAUUAAGAUGGAUCAUGAAGAACCAAGUUGGUGGGUCUGGGUGACAGAUGAUAUGGUUCCCAAUAACGUUGAGGAAAGGAGUGAAAUUGAUCAUGACAAUUAUGUGAUUGUUAAUGAGGAUCUGGUUGUAGAUGCCAUUGCAACCUUCAUGGCAAGAUGCAUUUUGUCCAACAAGAAAGCCCAGAACAUGACUCCCCAGCAGCUGCAAAAGACCUUGACAAAAGCACUGGGUGGCAUGAACAAGUUGGAGACAAUGUUCAACAUUUGGAGUGCUGGAAAGUUGAUUUAUGCAUUCUCUACGUGGGGACUCGCUCUUGCAGGGUUGUACAACACUCGAAGAGUUUUAAAACUUGCUGCUGUGGGCGUUCAUACAACCAGCAAAGUGGUUAUGAAAGCUCUUUGAGCUAAUAGAAUGGCAUGUGUAAAUAAUGUAUAUUAUUUGAACUUUAUAUUGUCAAUACUAUUAAAGAUUGUUUAUUCUUGGAAAUGGCAAUCUUAUUCCCCAUAAUUGUAAACUUGAAUAUUUGCAUCAUUGUAAUUAAAAUGGCUGUCACUAAUACUUGGCAAUGCAAAAUAGAAGUCUAUUGAUUUC